AUGGUGACAAGUGGUCGUCAGCAAGAAUGGGCUCAGUUGUGCCGUGCUGGUCUCAAGAAGGCCAGGGAAAGCGGCACGACAGACCUACUGCUGGCUCUGAAGGAAAUCCGCAUCCUUCUCGAGGCAGAACCACAACAGUCUCACAUGGUUGAUCCUCAAGUGGUCGAGGAACUGCUGGCGAUUGCGCUUGAGGGCGUGACGGAACCAAACAGCGGCAAAACUGUCGCUGCUCUCAUAAUCAUGCUUGACGGUCUGGAUGAUGCGCAACUCACCGAGUGCUUUUCGUCAGCCUACAGCACCACACUAUACACGACGGGUUCUCCCUUCGGACCCGCUUGGCUCGGGGAUACUUAA